AUGUUACCUGUUCCCAACAGAGAUGGGCGUAGCCGCUGUGGAGUGUAUUGUGCAGCCAAUGCCUGCAUUGAGCAGGUGAUACAACAUGGGGAAGUUGACAUCUUUCAGGCCGUCAAAACAGUUCGGCGGCACAGGCCCCAGUUGGUGGAGAACAUGGUGAACGGAGUACAAAUACUGCUACGACCUGGUGCUCCACUACGUCCUGCACUACCUCAACAAGGACAUGAAGGAAAAGAAGUGAGAGAGCGAGCAGGAGACACAGUGGUUCAUCGCCUUCGGGCGCGGGUCGGCGCUGCCGCAGACGCCCGACGACUCGCCCUCGUCCAGCGAGGCGCGCCGGCGGCGGCGGCGGGCGCCGGCAGGCGGCGGGCGGCGGCGCGGGGCGGCGCGGGCGGCGCAAACGUUGCUCGUGCGAACAUCACCGUCGCCCGCAGCGAGCGCCCGCGCAGCAAGCGGGGCCACGCCCCCGCCGCGCCGCGCGCCCCGGCCCGCCCCGGCCCGCGCGCCGCCGCGCCCGGCCCCGACCCUGGCCGCGCUUCGUGGCAGGUGGUGCCUGAGCUUACAGCGCGGCGUGCGGGCGCCCGCCCCGGCCCGGUCCCGGGGCGCGGGCCCGGCCCCCGGCGCGAACCUUUCUCCCUUGGCCGCCCCGCCCCCCCGCGCCCGCUCCCGGACCGGCGGCGCCGCCCGCGCGGGCGCCGCGCCGCCGCCGCCACCGCCGCCUGCGCGCCUCUAGCACUUCCCCGCGGGCGACGCUGGCGACGCGGUGCGGCGGCGUUGGCGCGCGGCGCGCGGCGCGACGGCGACGCCAAGGCGGCGCGCGCGCUUGCGCCCGGCACAGCAGCCCCGCCGCCGAGUGGCGCGCCCGACGCCCGCCCCCGGCCCCGGCCCCGGCCCCGGACAUUCCCUCCAUCCACAGCGCGGCACUCGGCCUCGCCUCCGACGCCAGCAGAAAGCGAAACGGCCAUUUACACAACCGCAGUGCCAAACAUUCCCUUGAGUUGCUUGCAGGGAGCCACCCGCCAGUUAAUGUUCCCAUUGCCCGUUCUAUAA